GUUCUGGAUCCCCAAGGGCCCUUUCCUAACUCCGCGACUUCCUCCAGGAGGGUGUCACGGAGAGUCAUCCACGCCGCGCUGUGCCGGCAGGCAGUGCCCACAACAGCCAGAGGGCUCAGCAGCGCAGGAUCCCGUGCCCUGCUCCCCUCACCAGAGAGCACCAAAAUGGGUCAGAGCUUCGGGGAGCAGUUCCAUCUGGCUCUCGCCCUCCUACUCAUGAAUCUGGGCUCUGCUCUCACCGAAGAUGCCCCUCCCAGCUGCUAUGGGAUUCCAGGCCUGCCAGGCAUGCCAGGUGUACCAGGCAGGGAUGGCCGGGAUGGGCUGAAGGGAGCCAAAGGCGAGCCAGGCCUCCCGGCCACUCCUGCAUCACGAGGGCCCAAGGGCAUGAAAGGGGAACCGGGCAGCCCUGGCUUGCCAGGCAAGACUGGCCCCAUCGGUCCCCCUGGUCCUCCUGGAGACCCUGGGAUGAUGGGCAUGGCUGGAGAGCCGGGAAUGCCAGGCAGCUACAAGCAGAAGCACCAGUCAGCAUUUUCAGUGACGAGACAGACCAGCGAGCACCCCUUGAAGAAUGUCCCCCUGGUGUUCAACCACGUCAUCACCAACACCAAUCACGACUACAACACCACCACAGGCAAGUUCACCUGCAAGAUCCCCGGCCUCUACUACUUUGUCUUCCAUAGCUCGCAGACAGCCAACCUCUGCGUCAUCCUGUACAAGAAUGAGAUCAAGAUGGCCAGCUUCUGCGACCAUAAGACCAACACCAUGCAGGUCAGCUCUGGUGGAAUCCUCCUCCGCCUGGGUGCUGGGAACCAGGUCUGGCUGGCGGUGAAUGACUACAAUGGCAUGGUGGGCAUCAGCAACUCUGACAGCAUCUUCUCAGGCUUCCUGCUCUUCCCAGACUAGAGGACCACCAGAGCCCACCCCAGCACGCCGACCUCAUCACCCUGCCCUGCAAAUGCUGCUGCUUACUGCCCCCUGUUGCUGAUGCUCCAGGUUUCCUCUGCUGGGUGGGAAGCCCCAGCAAGGGGUUCAGCCCUAGCCUCCAGCUGCACACCGCUGGCCUGGGGGCUGAGGGCAGGUACUUGCUGAACAAGGGGAACAGGCACAUCUGGAUGCACCUGCACCCACAGUGACCGUGCCAAGCCCCCGGGGUCCUGCUGGCACUGCCACGUGCGUCCACUCUGAUAACCCCACAUUACCUUCUGCUGACAGAGCCAAAGGUCUCUCUGCGUCUCUCCCCUUCCCACCUGGGUUGCACCAGGGACAGCCAGGUGUCCUGGAGCAGGCUUGCAACAGCCCUUUUGCUGUGACCCCUCUGUGGAAAAUCUCAAUAAAUCCUUCCCCGGUGCUCCUG